ACUCCCACACGCACGCGAGGCCAAGUCGCGCUCGUCCAAUCAAAUCUUCCCGCAUGGAAUUUCCUUGCUGCGGUAUUGUUAAUGGCGCGUAAACAACAAGGUCUGCGUACUGAGUGUGCGCGGUUUGUUGACUUCCAUGAUAAAACAUGGCGGCUGUCAUGGAAGUUCUCAUGGAAAAGUAAGGAAUUUCCAUGGUCAAUGCUUUAAUUCCUAGUUUACUGAGCGUGUCAUGCCACAAAAUGCGAGCGGGAUAUGGAUGGUGCGCUGAAAUGUGACAAAGAUUAUCUUUCGAGACGAGGAGUUCUCGACGACGUAAGACGACGUGCAGUAUCCAAGUAUUCACGUCAAUGCCCUCAGUGCGGUAAUUAUGCUAAAAGGAGGCGAGGGACUACUAAAAAAGUAUUACAAAAGGAGAAAAACUUGUUGGCAGCGGCAACGCCAGAGAAGGGAGAGGACAAAAGUGUGUGUAAUAACAAGCAUUCAUCCAUCGGAGCAGACAAAAACGCUUGGGACGGAUUUUUGGAGAAGGGGCAGCAACAGCCUUGCCCCUGCAAUAUCAAGUUACAUCCGUUUGACACUGAGGAACCUGUGCUGGUCUUGUCUUUAAAAUCAAGGAGCAGGACCGUACUCUACAAACAUUCUGGCACAUGUAGCUACACUGUUAGACAUUCUUUAGCUAGAGGUAGAAAACCAAAAAAGUCUAGUAUGAACACAAAACCUAAUGGUGAUUCAAGGAGUAAGACCGGGAUCUCAUCUGCGUAUCGGGACGAGAGACAUUCAGCGCCAUAUCCAGUUGCCAAAAGGCAGAUUGCUAAGAAAUCAACAACUCAGCUUGUGAGAGAUUUCCAGCCCAACAGGUCCGAUCACCCGAAUUCCAGUCGAGAGGUGGAAGGAAUCCCUGAAAAGAGGCAGAGACUCUCUGACACUUAUGCUUCACAUGCAGAUCGAGGCAGUUCUCAAUAUGAUAGAGACAGAGGCCAGUUAACUGUAAACGGCAGGGAGAGGUCACGAUCCAGAGACAGAGAUUAUUGGCAAAACGAGCCAACCGGGUAUAAUGAGCAACACCAUCGGCGGUCAAGAUCUCAGGGAAAUCAGAGACAUGACCCCCUGGCAAAACGGGACUCGAGGGACGGGUUUGGAAGGGACUCGAGGGACGGGUUUGGAAGGUAUGAUGACAGGAGAGAUGCAAGCUUUCAGGCUUCGCGGUCUUUACAGCAGAUUGAUCCCGAUCCCACAUACCAGAGAAAUGCCUACAGGAAAGGAGGUUACAACAGGCGUGAGGAUCAGGAGCAUAUCCCACGCUGGAGAGAUGGCUCUCUCAGCAACAGGGGUGCAUCCUUUGCUGCCCGCCUUGAUAAAAACGCAGACAAGGCCAAUGCAACAUCAGCUUCACGCUCAAGAGAUUCCAGUCCAGCAAAUGUAAAUAGAGGCAUUGGAAAGAGUUUGCCUCCAAAUUCAAGUUAUCCUAGCUGGUUGGAUGGAUUGCCCAAGGAGGUUCCUUCUUUGGACCAGAAAGAACUGGACAAAGACAGUGAAUGUAAAAAUAAGGAGAGUGUCCAGUCUUCUACAGAAAAAGACAGGAGACUCAACCCUCGGCCCGAAGCUAACUUACUGAGUGAAAAGGAAAAAAGACAGAGUACAACUGAGGCAUCAAAGAAGAGUGCUGCCAAUUUGUCUUCUAAUCCUGAUUCAAGCAUCAGCUCUAGGACGUCCUCAUCCGAUUCCAGCAAAACUCCAGCAAGUCUCGCAUCUGAAAUCCAAGGCAAUAAUGCAUCAAACCUUGCUCAGUCAAAGGAGAAAGCUAUUCCAUCAAGCACUGAAAUUCAUGGAAACUCUGCUGCAAAGUCAGCAUCAAAUUCUGCUCGUAAGAGCUCAUCUGACUCAAGUCCAGCAAUAAGAGAUGAAACCGAACACACAGAAAGUGGAGGGAUCUCAGAUGUCAGUACCAGGAAGCCAGCUGCUGCUACAAAAUCCAAAGACGAUCAGAAUAGCUCUCCUCCUGGUAAUGGCAGCGGGUUAAGCAACAACAUUGUAAAAAAUCCUGUCAAGUCAUUAGCUGAAAAAGCAGUGUCUGACCGGGUGAAAGCAGUGUCGUUGCUUAAUGCUACAAAAAGCAAAAAUACUUGUGACUCAGAUGAUGUGAGUUCCCAUGCAGGGGUUCCUCACGAAAAAAGUAGUGAAUCCCAGUCUACAAGUGAUGCCAAAAAGAUGACAGAACAGUUGGACGAUGACACUCGUAAGGAAUGUGUCUCCUCACCAGCCAGACCUGUAUUGUCAGCAAAGCAAAGUGUUGAAGACAAUGAAAAAAGUGGCCUUGGCAAAGUGGCCGUGUCAUCAAGAUCACCAUCCCCAAAGGAGAGUAGCCUUACUAAAGUAUCUAGGUCUCCAUCUCCACAUGUAAAACAGGAUGUCAGUGAGGGUUCCCUGAACAUGAAGAAGUUGAAAUCUAUCAUCAACAAGGCUUUCCCAAAAGCACAUUCCUCUGUUGCCAAGGAGGAAGUCCCUUUAAUGAACAAAAGCAGACCAUCCUCUCCGAAAGUGAGUGAUGUCAAUAUUGAAUUGGAGGCACCUUCUAUGAAGUUAAACUCAUCUAAAACAUCAGGACCAAGUCUUGAGGUUGUGAAGGAAGGCUCUUCGGCCUUAGCAGAGAAGAAUCAUUCCAGUGAUGUACCUGAAGACAAAGUUAUGUUGACUGAACGAUUGCCUUUUGAGCCAAAUACUACCUUAACUAAGACAGCUGUUGAAACGAAGACUGUUGAAAGUAAUUCUGUCAGCUCAAAAUCUGUGUCCAACAUCUCUGAAAGUUCAACAGAACCUAUCGAAGAAUCAUACCAUAUUAGAAUAAGUAGCAUUGAAGGUGGUAUUACUGUGCCCAACCUUCCAAAAUCUAGUGAUUCAGUGGUGAAAGCAGUUGAUGGACGGGAUCUAGAAAAAUGUGGACCAAGUUCUGUCGCGAGAAGCCAAUCAACUGAGACUCAACAAGACCAAUCUUCCAAGGAAACUCCAGAUGCACCUAUUCCUAUGGAUGUUGCCGAUGAACUUUCACUGCCAAGUACUAAACAGUCACUUGAUGACAGGACUAACCCCCACAAUUGUACUGGUGAGCCGUCCAAUAUGGAUCUUAACGCAUCCAAAAAGGUGGAUGUAGCAGCUAAGACUAAAGAGAACUCUGUACUAAAUGAAAGUCUACCCAUGUCAGAAGCUACACCAUCUGAUGAUGUGAUUGAGCCUAUGGAAAUAUCCUCUCCUCUUCGAAGGGUGCAUGAUGGACCAAAGGAAUCGUCAGAGAAGCCAACAUGUCUCGAUGAGUCGCCUCCAACAGAUGACACUAACACAGACUCGACUCAAGAUCAUGAGCAGGACUGUGCUAAGCCGAGUGGGAACUCUGCCACACAGUUGAAAGUCACAGCUGAAGUUGCUCAGCAAGAUGCCAGUGAAAAAGGAAAAUCUAUUGAAGGAUGUAAUUCAGAAGACAGCAGAUCCUCACCUGUAGGAGAUGCUGUUACAACGAAUAAGCUUCCAUCUGCAAAUCCCACUUCUGCAACCAAUCCUGCACCAGUCGAGCCUGCUUCCAUUACAGAUCUGGUCAGCAGUGAGAAGAUCGUUUCAGCAAGUGUUGCAGAUGGAGCUUCUAAAAGUCUGGAUGUUGCUGCAUCCAAGGCAGAAACCUGUGUGCCAAAGGAAAGCUUGGUUGAUCCAAUCCCAACAGAUGAGAAAUCUGGUCCAAAUAUUGUGAGGACUGGCAAACGGCAAAGGAGCAACUCUUCAGAUGUCACAGAGCCUGAGGAAGCAGAAGACAUUAACAAACGGCCUAAACUGGUAGCAAUCAGUGCUGAGAGCUCAAAAGCUGACCUGAAGGCAAAUGUGGAGGAGACCUGCAAAGAUGAAAGGACAACGGAAGCAACAAAAGUCCAGGUUGAUAAAGAAAAGAAUUCUGAUGCAAACAACCCUGACCAAAACAUGGAAGUAGCUGGAGUGUCUGAUCUUAAAUCUGAGACGAAAACCGAAAAAUCAGACACUGUUGUACAACCACAAGCUGAACUUCCUGUUCCCUUGACCAAAGAUAUUUCUGCUGGUAACCAGCCAACGGUGCCUAAAACCCGCUCUUCCCCUGUACCACCAGCAUCCGUGACAUCGUCAAAAACCACUACCCCUUCUUCCAAGGAGAGUUCCUUGCAACCUAAACGAAAAGAAGAGCCAUCUUCAGUGAGUGGGAGUCACUCAAUUAAAGCGGAGCCUUCCAAAAGCAAGAUGUCUGCCCCAACAAAAAGGCCUUCAUCGACAUCGCCGUCUCCUGUUCCAACGCCACAGGGGCCAGCUAAAUCAAGUCCACGUGACAAAAAGCCCAAACAAAUCAGCAUAAAGGACUUAAGACUCUUAAUUGAGAAGCAUUCCCAGGUGGCCCUGCAUUCCAAGUUGGAACUGUUGCACAGGCAGCUUGAGGUGGCCAACAAAGGUGAGCGGGCCUGGAAGGAACGAGCCUUGGAGCUGCAGGCUCAGCUGAAGGCCGUGCAGGGACAGUUAAACAAGACUAAGGGGGAAAAGGAAAACCUUGAGACGAAGAUGUCUGAGGUACAGGAGCAAUUGGAGACUGCAGAGAAGAAACUACAGGACAAGGGCAUUAUCAAGGAAAGCAUUUCUACAGAAACCCAAUACGAUAACCAGGACAUUACUCAGAAAUCAGUAGACGCUGACGCUGUGGAUUCUAUGGAAGUCACUCAGGAAGCACAACCGGAAAAGGGCAUUAUCAAGGAAAACAUUUCUACAGAAACCCAAUACGAUAAAAAGGACAUUACUCAGAAAUCAGUAGACGCUGACGUUGUGGAUUCUAUGGAAGUCACACCGGAAACACAACCGGAAAAAGUAGAGGAAUCUCCAAAGGCAGCCUCUGACAAAGCAGACCUUCCAAAUUCUAACUGCCUGAGAUCUGUGGAUGAAGUCUCUAGAAGUCAGGUAGUCUCGAAAGACAAACUUCCGGAAGGUGAUCAACUGGCAGCUUCUGUUGAUAAGGUUCCAGCUACUAGGAGGCAGAGUGCUUCGCCAGAGGUUGUCGAGCUUUCAGCAAAGAUAGUGGUUUGCAAUCCAGUGCAGGCUACCAGCAAGGAAACGACUGCUUCUGUCACUGAGAUUGCACCGAAAAAUCUACCAGCAAGUGCACCCGGAAAUGCACCAUCAAAUACAGUUCAAAGAGCUACCCCGCCUACAAUAAUUAACAAGUUGGCAUCCCAGGAGACACCUAUCACCUCUGCACCUCCCCAAAGCACAACAGCACCUGCGCCUGCAGUAGUGCAGUCCACAACGAGCACUGCUGGCACAUCUAUAGAGAAGGCAAUUGUUCCUGCAACACCAAAGCUUGCUACAAGUGAUGCAUGUCCACCUGCAACAAAAGCACCUGCCCCUUCGGUGGCUCAAGCAAAAACAAGUGUCGCAGUCACAGCUCCUAAGGAAUCGCAACCAAAUGUCAUGGCACCCAAGCGUGCAGCGCAACCAGCAACAACAGCAGCAGUAGGGCAUGUUGCCAGUGUGACCCCAAAGAAAGUCUCCACACCUGAACUCCAAGAAACAAACAAUUCUGUACAGGUAGUUGCUGUGAGGCAGCAGGGUUCAUUGCCUCGAGGGAAAACAUCCCAGUCACCUCUUACCCCUUUACCUCAUUCCUCAUCGCCCCAGGCACUGACUCCACCUUCCAAAGCCCCAACCCCAACCCCCUCAUCACCGCGUCUGGCUCCAUCACCCCGUGCUGCUUCCCCAAGAGGCAAAGCCCCAACCCCACCAAAGCAAACCUCUCAGAAACCACCAAUGCCGGCUAAACAGCUCCCAGCAGUGCAGCCCCAGAAGGCGCAGAGCGCUACCAAUACUCCGCCUACCAAACCUGCCCAAGAGCCUGAGUGCAUAGAUCUGACGGAUGAUUCUGAAGAACCCAACAUUUCUGAAAAGAGGGGCCCACCUCCAAAACAGCCUUCAGGGAGUGCUAACCUUGCUGUGGGUCCUUCUCAGGCUAAGAUGCCACCACCAUAUUCAGGCCAAGGGCAGGCACCGAGACCACAAAAUGCUGCACCAAAUAAUACCCAGGGAUUGACACCGAAGAGACCAACUAUACAACAACCACCACCUACAAGUCAAUCGCAGGUCAGACCUACUGCACUGCUGGGGAGACCACGGACUCAGGCACCUGUGCCACAGCAGCAGAAACUGCAGCAGCAGCAACAACCAAAGCCACCAGGAAUUCCUCCGCUUGUAGCAGUUUCAUCACCCCAGAAAUGCCCGAAUGUAACAAUUGGACCACCACAAACCGCCCUCUCAUACCCCAACCAGAGACCCCCUAUGACCAGAAUCCCUCCAGUUCCUGCCAUGCAACCUGUAGCCUCUGGCCUGCAGGUAAGCUUCUCACAGGCUUCCGCAUCCCCAGCCUUGAAAACAGCGUCACUCGUCACACCCAACACCAAGACACAGUUCAACAACCAAGCCCUGCUCUCUGGCAUACAGACAUUUGUGAGUUCCAAUGUCACAUCAACAGGACAGUCACCGAUAAGUAGUGUACCUGGUGUGCAACAAGUUGCUAUUUCACAGCAGCAGAUUCUGGGGAUUAAUCCUGGUAUGAUGCAGAGGAUGGCUGUCCCGAUUAGCAACGUGUACUUCCCAACAGCCGCCCAGGCUGGGUUGCCUGCCGAGAGAGUGCCACAGCCUCAGAGUGAGAGGAUUCCUCAAAGCGCCAUUACAGCCAUUCAGCUUGCAACUAUACAGCAGCAGCAGCAGCAACUUCAACAGGCUCAAAAACAGCAACAGCAGCUUCAGCAAGCCCACCAGCUGCAACAGCAUGCUCAACAGCUGCAACAACAGCAACAACAGCAGCAGCAACAGCAAGCCCAAAAACUCCAACAGCAACAGCUCCAACAACAACAGCAAGCCCAGGAACUUAAACAGCAACAUCAGAAACUCCUGCUGCAGCAACAACAUCAGCAAGCACAACAGCACAUUCAGCAGCAGCAGCAACAGCAACAGCAACAGCAAAUCCAGCAGCAGCUACAGCAGCAGAGAAUACAACAGCAACAGAAAAGAAGGGCAGUUGAGGAGCAGCGGCAGAAUGUGACGGUGCAACAGCAAAUGCAAUUGCAGCGACAGCAACAGCAGCAAGCUAACAUGGCAACUCAAGAACAAAUGCAGCAAAAUCAAAAACUGCAGGCCAGUCAAAUCCAGAAGCAGAAAGCUAUAAUUCAGCAGAAUGCCCAGAAAGUACAGAGCACCAUUAUUGAUCUCAAGAAACAAUACAGCAUUCUGGAAAAAGAAAACAUGACUCUGCAGGCCAAGGCACAGACCAAGGAUGUCAGUAUGCCUUACCGCAUGAGGGAACUUGAGAUGCAGCAACGCAACAAUGAGAAUAACAGGAAGCGGAUCAAAGACGAAAUUAGCAAGCAGAUCAGCACGCAGCAGCAAUACAAGCAGAGGUACGAGCAGCUGCUUGCCAUCGCACCCGCCACUGCUUCCCUGAACGUGAAUCCCGCUUCUGCCACCAAGCCAAGUCACCCGGCGCCGCUGCCACCACUACCUCCUCCUACCUCCAGCUCACCCCCGAAGCCCGAACUCAACAUCACCAAGGUGGAAAAUGGCAUCGUGCUGUCCUGGAACAUGACCUUGGAUGCUGCAGCGCCAACGAUUGAGGUCUACCACCUCUAUGCCUACCAGGAAUCGGAAGCUCCACCCAGCACGAACUUGUGGAAGAAGAUUGGAGAGGUUCGGGCCCUACCGCUGCCGAUGGCGUGCACGCUGACCAUGUUCCAGCCAGGCAGCAUCUAUCAUUUUGCUGUCUGUGCCGUGGAUGCUAAUGGUCAUCCUGGACCUUUCAGUGCUCCGUCCAGCAUAAAUCUUCCCAGAAGUGACCCUGGUGCUGCAUUAGGCUAAAACAUUGUACUCCUUCGUUUAGGCACUUAAGUACUGACAAGACAGUGUUCAAGACAAUGCAAUUUGUUCCGUUAUAGAUCGUCUUUCUGUGAAGAGUUGUUAUAUGUCAAUACAGCUUCUAUUAAAAAUGCAUCAUCAAUAGGUCAUGUAUAAGUUUAAAAUUCCUGGUUGAUAUUCAUUGCCCGAUCAUCGGCCAUAACUGAUGGACUGAAAACAAGUAUACAUUUGUACAUAUUCUUCUAAAUUGAUUACUUCAUCAGGUGAUAUUUUACUAGAAAAACAAAAUAGGCUUAAAGGUCCGUCAAGAAAUACAUUUUUUUAGUAAAUUUUUGUAAAUCAACCUGUAAGUUAAUCUGCUAAGCAUUUAAAUUUCAGCAUUUUCUUUAUGUCAGACCUGAUGAAAUAAGGUGUGUACAUGUACUCUCCCACAUAAUUUAAUAGUUCAGUCCCUUAAGGUAAGUAUUCAUAUCCAAAGUUGAGUUUUACAAGCGUUUUGGUAUAAGUGCUUUAUUUUGUAUUUUUGUACUGAAGUUGCCCGUCUUGUUGAGCAUUUUGCAAUACGUUUCAAGGUGGAACAAAAAGACCAAUACAUUGUUUUUGAUGCCAAUUCUCCAAGCAAAGACAAAACUGAGUCUGUGUACAUGUACAUAUAUGUGGUAUAAAGUUGAAGUUCCAAGCUUGUGAAAUAUAUUUGUUUGGUUUUUAAAAAUGUUUUCAACUGAUUAGGUCUUGAGCACGAGUUCGUUUUUUUAACUUGAUUUUUCGUUGCUGUCUACAUUUGUGUACAUUUAGGUUGAUUUCUAGGAAACCAAGAUGUAAAAAAAAAAACCUUUGGGAAAGCGGUUAGAAACAUGCAUAAUUUAAGAUUGGUUAUGAAGUGAGAUGCAAGUACAGUACCUUAGUUAUAAUUGUAUGAUAUAGUCUACCUUUUGUUCCAAACAGUUUGAAUACAAAUAAUCUUCUAUUCACAGGGUCUUGUCCUGGGCAUUAUUAAAUGUUACAAGUUCUCAAAAUUGUUGUCAGAAAUGUGAUCGCCCAAUCCAAAAACAGUGAAAAAGGUUUACAUGUAUGUUGAAUUUAUUGAACAGAAAUUUCCACACAUCAAAACUCAUAAGUAUUCCCAACAACUGCCAUUUCCACUUUAUUUAUAUUUAAACAAAAGUUGUCUUACAAUUUAAUAACUGUUUGAAAGUUCAUGUAGUGUGUUUUGUAUUUAAUACUUUGUGUACAACUUUGUGUAAUUUUAAAGUUUCUAUUGUUUAAAUGAAAAAUAAAGUUAGAACAGAAGAUAUUAAAAAAAAACAUGAUUUUAAUUCAAAACAAA